ACCUAGAACUACCUAGAACUGCCGCCGGCUGACCAUUGACUGUCAUGUAACCGUUCGAACCACUUCUGGAUUCCCCUCCAUUGCCUUUUUCUCCUACCCUUUCUUACCCUCCUUACCCUUUCUCGCUAUACGGUUUCUAUUCUUAGAGAACAAACUACUCAAUCUGUCAUUCGACCUCCGCCUAUCCUCCUCGAGUAUCCGGGGGCGACAUCGUUCCUUCUUUUCUUCCUUCCGAAAGAAGACCCUGCAUUCUAUUGUUUUAGUCCCAAAACCCUCUGUUGAGUCACGCGCCAUCCUCCGAGCGCACUCUAUACGGUGUCUCCCCACCAUCACACAGUAUUGAGUUACAUCAGACCGGUGUGAAAGAAAAAAAAGGAGCAAGAGAUAAACACACGUUAAAAAUAAAGUGAAAAAAAAGAGAGAUGUCUUUAACGAACGCAACACCACUCCAGGUCGCUCAGGCCGCUCGACUGGGGUCCCGUGAGCUCGCCGUUCUCUCCACCGAACAGCGCAAUGCCGCAUUAACCGCCAUCCACCAGGCACUCGCAGAGGGCAAAGAUGAGGUUCUCGCUGCGAAUGCAAAGGAUCUCGAGGCCGCCCACAAGGCUGCAGAGGGUGGUACGCUUAGUCAAAGCUUGGUCAAGAGGCUAGAUUUGGGCAAGAAGGGCAAAUAUGAGGACAUGCUCCAGGGCAUAUUAGAUGUGCGAGACUUGGAGGACCCGAUCAACAAGACCACAUCCCGCACUCUCCUCGACGACAACCUCACCCUGUCAAGAGUUACAUGUCCCAUUGGCGUCCUCCUCAUCAUCUUUGAAGCUCGCCCAGAAGUCAUCGCCAACAUCUCCGCGCUGGCCAUCAAAUCCGGAAACGCAGCAAUCCUCAAGGGCGGACGAGAAUCCAACCACAGCUUCGCCGCCAUAGCCUCCAUCAUCUCCCAGGCCCUCUCGACCACCUCCGUCCCCUCGGACUGCCUCCAGCUCGUCCAAACCCACGAUGUCAUCAAGGAACUCCUCUCCCUGGACACCUACAUCGACCUCUGCAUCCCGCGAGGUGGCAACAAGCUCGUCCGGUUCGUGAAGGACUCGACCUCCAUCCCCGUCCUCGGCCACGCAGACGGCAUCUGCACCGCACUCCUCCUCAGCGACUACCCCUCCGACAAAGCCACCAAGAUCAUCGUCGACGCCAAAGUCUCCUACCCAGCCGGCUGCAACGCCCUCGAGCAACUCCUCGUCGACACCCCCGCCCUCACCACGAACCUCCCCACCGUCGCCACCGCCCUCCUCUCCCACGGCGUCUCCCUCCGCUGCGACGCCCCCUCCCUCACCUCCCUCCAAUCCUCCCUCCCCCCACACCUCGCAGCCCUCCUCCAGCCCUCCACCCCCUCAGACUACACCACCGAAUUCCUGGACCUCACCCUCGCCAUCAAAACCAUCUCCACCAUCCCCGACGCAAUCACCCACGUCAACGCCCACUCCUCGCACCACACCGACGCGAUCCUCACCCUCGACGCCGCAACCGCAACCCGCUACCUCUCCGCCAUCGACUCCUCCUCCGUCUACUGGAACACCUCGACCCGCAUGGCCGACGGCCAGCGCUACGGCUUCGGCACCGAGGUCGGCAUCUCCACGAACAAGAUACACUCUCGCGGUCCGGUGGGGUUGGAUGGCUUGACGAUUUAUAAGUGGGUGCUUGUGGGAGAUGCGCAGGUUAGUGCGGAGUAUGGGGCGGGGGGCAAGAAGUGGAAGCAUGAGAGGUUGCCGGUUGAGGAGGAUGAGGGGGUUGCGAGGGAUGAGGAGGAGAGGGAGGUGUUGAGGAGGUUUAGGGAGGGGAAGAGGGCGGCGGCUUAGCGGUCGUAAGGUUGAUUCUAGGUGGCUCUGCUUUUCGCCUGUGAUCAGAGGGGGUUAGAGAUUGGGAUUUGGAAAAGAAAAAAAAACUUGAAGAGGAAGAUAAAAGGAAAAGAAAAAGGAAAAAUUUCUUCCAUAGACAUGUUCGCCCCCUUUCCUUUAAAAAAAAUCAAAACAUG